AUGACUUCAAUACUUCCAAACAAAUCUGGCACUCAGUCUAGAGAAGUCUACUCUAAUAAAAUAUCAUCUCCAUACAUUAAUGCUAAAAUCUAGGUAGCUUCUCAUAGAAGAUAGCACUCAAAUGAAAAUAAGCCCAAUUAUCUUUAAGGAAUAUCUUAGAAAAAUGGACUUACUGGGUCUAAAGUUGGCAGAACCAGCAGAUCUUACCAUUUUUAAAAAGACACCACUAUCUUUAGAUAAAAUGGUAACUUCUCCAAUUCUUACUAGUUAAUGAAGAAUUUACAGUAUUACAAAGAAAACACUCAAGAAAUAGAUGUCAAUCUGAAAAAUCUUCUAAUCAUCAAGAAACCAGGGAACAAUAAUGAGGAUUCUAAGUACAACCUCAGUUUCGAUAAUUCAGGUAUAAGUAAAAAAAUAGCUAGUAAGGGCCAGUUUCAUACUAAAACAUUUGCAGAUUAAUCAACUUCAUGCGCCUAAGACAUCUAGCUCAAUAACUUUUUCUAUCAUACUAAGCUGAACGAGCCUCUAAAAAUGGAUUCAGUAAUGGAGGUUUUACCCUAAAAAGAAUAAUCCACUGAGACAAAGCUAGCCAAUUAAACACUUGUGGCAGCUCUUAUGAAUGACACUUACCCAAAGAGGAAAUUUGAGAGCCCAAUAAAAAAUAUUUACUAGAGAAAUGAUACUGAUAGAAGCAGUAAGUCCCCCUAGUCAAAUAGACAAAAAUAGUCUCCUUUAGUAGAUCUUUUAAAGAGUAAAUAUGUGUAGAAUCACCAGAAUAAUUCGAACUCAAAAUAUAAUUACGGUGAGGGAUCAAGAAGAGUUAUAACAAAUGAACUUAGUCCGAAGCUUAAUAAAUCAUUGCAGAGUAUAAGCAUCAAUCUAAAAAAUACCAAAUCAAUAAUUCAGAAUCUUAACUAAGAUAUAUCAGAUAGAACAACAUAGCUUUACACUCUAAACCAGAUAUCAGACUAGAUGUAGAAUUCUUAUGAUGAUUCAAAUUAUAUUGGAGUUUAAAACGAUGCAAGCUAAAAAUUCUAUUACUCCCAGUAGAAUUAUCCAAAAAGCUAAAUAGUAAAAAAUUCCUAGGCAGAUUUGUAAUAAAUGCUCCCAUUCCAAAAUGUUGAUUAAAAUAGCAAUAAAAUUGAUAUACGCUUACUUAUGUAAAAGCUAUAAGAAAAACGAAAAAGACUCGUAGUCAAUAGUAGCACAAGAGUAAUGACUUCAAGGCAGAGUAACAGAUUUAAUCUCUAUGCGAAUGAUAGAUUAACUCAGAUUUAAAAUCAUUACAGCAAUUACCCCUCUAGUAUCAACAAAGAUUAAGGCAAUCAAAUAUCAAGUGUCUCAUUAUAAAUCAAGCGUUAAGAAAUUAAAAGGAAGGACUAUCUACCCUCAUUCUUAUAAAAGCUAAAUGGAAAUUUGGAUUCAAAUAGCAAUAACUAGCUGAGCUUUUACUCAGGCACAGGAGCUCCUGCUUACUAUAAAAACAUGUCUGCUUUAGACUAGCAGAAAUUACUUUAAAAUAACGAAAAUGAAUAGCGAAUGGUGGUAAUUAGGAAAAGCGUAUUUAUAAAGAACACUUAUGAAGGAGAAAGGAAUAACAAUAAUAGUUCAAUUAUUGGUGGUAAUGGAAAUUAUGGAGCUCAGUCUAGGACUAUGCUCUCAACUGAUAGAUCACAGGAUGAUACCUUUGAAAAUCGAAUGCAAAGAUUAGGUAGUGGCAUGAGUGUAAAUGAGUCUGCUAUGUCCCAUAUAAGUCCUGGAAAGCAUUUAAGAAACAGCACCUAGCAAUGA